UGUAAAUCGAUUUGUGUUAAUCUUAAAUUUAUGUUUAAGCAAUGAAUGCAAGAAAGCUAGUUUCCCAAACUCAUUGUACUCAAAUUCCUCAAACUAUCAAGAAUUCUCUUCUUUGUGCUGCAAUCGACCCACCCCAUUCAAACCCACCAUUUGUACCCAAGCCUCCUUCUAUAUUAGCAACUGGUCUUCUCAAGUCGUAUUUUGAAAGGGGUCUGAUUAGAGAAGCACGUACACUGUUCGAUGAAAUGCCUGAAAGAGAUGUUGUUGCUUGGACGACCAUGAUUUCUGGGUACACUUCAUGUAAUCUCCAUGGACGUGCUUGGAUGGUUUUCUGUGAAAUGAUGAGGUAUACGGAUGUGCGCCCCAAUGAGUUCACGUUAUCUAGUACGUUGAAGGCUUGUAAAGGGAUCAAUUCGUACUCUCAUGGAGCUUUGGUUCACGGUUUGGUUCUGAAGCAAGGCAUGAGUGGAAGUAUUUAUGUUUCAAAUGCACUCUUGGAUGUCUAUGCUACGUGUUGUGUUGAUAUGGAUGAAGCAUCUGCGGUUUUUCAGGAGAUUAGAAACAAAAAUGAUGUGUCUUGGACUACAUUAAUCGCGGGAUAUACUCAUCGUGGUGAUGGCUAUAUGGGGCUUAAUGUUUUUAGAAGAAUGUUAUCGGAAGAGGGUGAAUCAAACCCAUUUAGCUUUUCAAUAGCAGUCAGAGCUUGUGCCUCGGUCCACUCAUGUACAUAUGGGAAGCAACUUCAUGCUGCAAUCGCCAAGCAUGGAUUGGACUUUAAUCUACCUGUAAUGAAUUCUAUUUUAGAUAUGUAUUGUAGGUGUAACAGCUUAAAUGAUGCAAAGCAAUGCUUCCAUGAAAUGACUCAAAGGGAUUCAAUCACCUGGAACACUUUGAUUGCUGGAUAUGAGAAGUCUGAUCCAUAUGAAUCUAUCAGCACAUACUCGCAUAUGGAGCUUGAAGGUCUCAGCCCCAAUUGCUUCACAUUUUCCAGCAUUAUAGCAGCUGUGGCCAAUUUGGCAAUUUUGAGUUGUGGAGAGCAGAUUCAUGGAAGAAUCAUAAAGAGAGGCCUCGGAGGGAACUUGGAGUUGGACAAUGCCUUAAUAGACAUGUACGCAAAGUCUGGAAAUAUUGGAAGUGCACGUAGAAUUUUUGAUAAAAUGCCCACGAAAAAUCUGGUUUCGUGGACCUCAAUGAUGAUUGGUUACGGAAGCCAUGGAUAUGGAAAUGAAGCUGUCGACUUUUUUGAAGAGAUGGUUAAAUUUAGAGUCAGGCCAGAUAGGAUAGCAUUUGUGGCAGUUUUAAAUGCAUGUAGUCAUGCUGGGCUUGUAGAUAAAGGUGUAAGGUAUUUUAUGUCAAUGGUUGGUGAUUACAACAUAGCUCCAGAUCCGGAGAUUUUUGGGAGUUUAGUAGAUUUGCUAGGACGCGCUGGAAGAGUUGAGGAGGCUUUUAAGUUGAUAGAGAGUAUGCCAUUUGAUCCCGAUGAAUCUGUUUGGGGAACACUCAUAGGAGCAUGUAAAACACACAAUCAUCCAGAUUUGGGCACGCUGGCCAUAAGAAAGGUGUUGGCAUUGAAGCCGAAAAUUGCAGCAACUUAUGUAAUUCUGUCAAAUAUCUAUGCAGCUGACGGUAAAUGGGGUGACUCUGCAAAAAUGAGGAAGUUGAUGAGAAGGAUGGCUACCAAGAAAGAGGCAGGGAGAAGUUCAGUAGAGAUAAAGAAUCAGAACUAUAGUUUUGUUGCUGGAGAUAAAAUGGGUUCACAUAUGGAUUGUGUUGAUGAAGUUGUAAAAAUCCUGGUCGAACAUAUGAGAGACACACGAUAUAUUCCUGAUUUGGACUUCUUUAUACAUAACUUAGAAGAUGGAACUUGAAAAGUAACAGCAAUGAGGUACAAAGUGUUUGCUGUUAUAUAUGUUGGCAUGGUGAUUCAUUUUCUUCAGAAGUCACGUUGCAUUCUAUACAAGAGGGGAUUUUUUGAAGAAAGUUGAGGGUGGAUAAUCAAUCAGUUUUUAGUCAAUAGUUGAUACUGUGAGAAAAGGAACUAGUGGGUUAUGUAACCAAGUAAAAUCAUUCUUUGCCAUGACACAGUACAUUUGAAUUUCAUGGAAAGCAAUCUCUUGAUUAUUCUGAACCUUCAGUCUAGGGAAUUUUCUGAAUUCUAAAAUGCUCCUGGAAGAUCCAGCUAGGGGACAUUGUUAUUAUGGGAAGAUUGAACAACUCUAUGAUCUUCUUGUAAUUCGCUUGUGUUCGUUAGUCAUUACCAUGUCUGGAAACAAAAACAGUUCGGUGCCAAACAUGGACCAGCAGAUAUGAUACAUGGACUUCAGUGUAUCUUUUGACUUAUAAAAUGUUUUGGAAGAUCCAACAUCAGUACAUUGUUAUUAUUUGAGGAAUAAUAUGAUCAUUUAGAGAUUUGUAUCUGCUGUCUUUGCUAUUCUGGGAG